AUGGUUCUUUUCAAGGAGGGCGACGUCGUUGAGUACCGCCCCUUUGGCGGCGAGGUCAAGGAGGGCAAGAUCGACAAGAUCGAGGCCAAGACGGGCGGCCACGUCGAGAUCACGUACUUCGUGAACGACGACAAGCUCAUCUCGUGCCAGAUCAUCGGCAUCAAGAAGAACGCCGCAUGA